UCCUCAGUACGUCGGGGAAGACAAGGCGUGCUUUCUUGCGAUGGUCAUAUGGUGGACAUCCCCCGAGUACGCCCGGAAGCACGAGGAGGGCAAGCUGAAGCGUUUAGAGAUGGGAGGUGGAUCACAUGUCCUGGGCAGCAAGAACUUGGCCCUUACCUUGCAGCAAGAGGAAGUGAAGACAGGCGUGACACCAAACUUGUUUGGCCUUUUCCAAAAGUCCAAGACCAGGAGGGAGCCGCAUCCUGAAACGGGGUCCGUGUGGGUCAACGGGCUAGCGGAGGCCCAGUGUGGCGCGUACCGCUCGUCGUUCAAGGCCAAGCACGGCGAAGACGCCGACCCAACCACCGAAGACUUUGAUGUUGAGGUUGCGGUGCUUGCGGGACAAGGCAAGAAGGGUGGCCGCCUAUGGAUUGCUGACGGGUUAGUCGACCCAAAGACCAUUCCAUCUCUACGCCAGAUCCGUCGUGGGCGUACGAGCGAGCAGCCUCGGGUAGAGACCCGCCCACGGGCUUCGGACCUAGCUAUGGAGAAGUUACGGGUAAGUUCUUCGUCGAUCCUCUACGCUUCAUUACAUGUUUUCCAUUGCAAUGUUACUGACAUCGCGGCAACACAACGUAGGCGGAGAUGGAAGAAAGGGAACGGAGGCACCAAGAGGAGCAGAUGCGAGAUGCAGCAGCAGCUUAGGGAGAACAUGCGGAUGCAGCGAGCAGAUGUUGCAGCAGAUGCAACAACAGCAACAGAUGUUCUAGCAGAUGUUCAUGAACCAGGCCGUGCUGACUUCCCCACCGGGGAGUAG